GACCCUAUAAAUACGACUAAUCUGCUUAUGCUUUUAAAUACAAGAAAAUCAUUCUCAAAUACUCCUAUUCCUUUCUACAUACAAUCUCUGUAUAUCGUAGCCAUGGCAGCCAAUGGUAGCGAUCGGAAUUUGAUCGUCAGCUUCGGUGAGAUGCUGAUCGACUUCGUGCCGACGGCUUCCGGCGUAUCGCUCGCAGAGGCGCCCGGUUUUUUGAAGGCUCCAGGCGGCGCCCCGGCCAACGUCGCCAUCGCGGUCGCGAGGCUUGGCGGGAAAGCCGCAUUCCUCGGAAAACUCGGAGACGACGAGUUCGGUCACAUGCUCGCCGGGAUUCUGAAGGAGAACGCCGUCCGCGCCGAUGGGAUCAACUUCGACAAGGGCGCGAGAACGGCCCUGGCAUUCGUGACCCUACGCGCCGAUGGAGAGCGCGAGUUCAUGUUUUAUCGGAAUCCCAGCGCCGACAUGCUGCUAACCCCCGAUGAGUUGAAUCUCGAGCUCAUUAGAUCUGCGAAGGUAUUCCACUACGGAUCAAUAAGCUUGAUAGUGGAGCCAUGCAGAUCAGCACAUUUGAAGGCAAUGGAAGUAGCAAGAAAUGCAGGGGCUUUGCUCUCAUAUGACCCAAACCUAAGGCUACCAUUGUGGCCAUCGGCCGAGGAGGCACGCACCCAGAUCAUGAGCAUAUGGGAGAAGGCAGACGUGAUCAAGGUCAGUGAUAACGAGCUUGAAUUCCUCACUGGAAGCGACAAGAUUGACGACGAGUCUGCUUUGUCCUUGUGGCAUCCCAAUCUCAAGCUCCUCCUAGUCACCCUUGGCGAGAAGGGUUGCAGAUAUUAUACCAAGAACUUCCGGGGAUCCGUGGGAGGAUUUCAUGUCAAGACAGUCGACACAACCGGAGCGGGUGAUUCAUUUGUGGGUGCCCUUUUGUGCAAGAUCGUCGAUGACCACUCCAUCAUUGAGGAUGAAUCAAGACUGAAGGAAGUACUUCGUUUUGCAUGUGCGUGUGGAGCAAUCACAACCACCAAAAAAGGAGCAAUCCCUGCCCUUCCUACCAAAGCUGAGGCCCUAGCUAUUUGCUGAGCAAGCUUUUUGAGUAGAUUUCAUUGCCUGUUGCCAUUUCCAUUCAUUUUCUUUAUCAGCUCUAGUUUUUAUUUUUACUUAGUUUCAUCUUUUUCCUUUCAAGUUUGGGAUUCUUUUACAUCGCUUGUAAUCAUGGAUGAUGGCAAAUUCCUAAUAAACUUAAGUUCUUUGUAGUUUGCUGUGCUAGUUCACCCUCGGGCUUAACGUCUCUCAUUUUAGUGUCACCGGCCGUUUUGUGUAAUUGGAAAUGACAUGAG